AAAAAGGGCUUAUUGCAAAAGUGACUCAAAACUUGAAUUCAAACAGAAAACUAACCUUUUCUUUUGACUCAUUUUUUUUUUGAGUUUUUAACCCCACAUCUGCAUUUUAUCUACGAAAAUGCCAUUAACCCUUUUUUUUUUUUUUUUCGAAAAUGGCUUCUUUACUGUCUCAACCUCAUUUUCUUCAAGUAUUUACAAUAUUGCCACUGCCAUGAAUAGUGGGAACAACCUUGUACGAACUGUUUGGAGCUUUUAAUGCCCUUUAAUGCACGUAAAUCUCUUUACACUCUCUCUGUUUCAAUUGUUAUGAACUAAAAACAACAUUUCUUUCACUUUCUCUCCAUAUUCAUCCAAAAAACUGAAGCUUUUGAUUCAAAAUUGUUUGGAGCCAUAUUUCUUUCGUUUUGACUUACGGUUGCUUUCGUUUGAGGUUCUGGGUGGUUGGAGAAGACCCUGUGUGCAAACAAAGUCAUCUCACCUAGUUGAAGAUGAUUUUUAAGUUACAUGCAGUGUAUGGAGAAUGGUUGUUGAGAGAUUUCCGUUGGGAUUUUGUGGUUGAUGAUCUCAAAGGAGCAAGAUUGUUUUUAUUGAAUGAAGAUUCAACACAUGCUGAACUUGUUGCAAUGGCUCAAGAAGAUUAUAACCUGGACAUGAGAUCAGUGACUGUGGAGAUUAGCUACUCAUUACCAGCAGAAAUGAUGAUGACUCCAAGCAGUCCUCCCAUUCAUGUUACAAGUGAUAGACAAGUUCGAAACUUGCUCGAGAUACUCAAAACGCAUAGAGUAUGUCUUUGUGUAUCAAGCCGCAGCAAGGUGGAAACGGUUUCAGAGAAAAGAGAAGAAGCUGGUGAUAAUGAUGAAGCUGGUGAAUGGGAAGAAGAUGUUGGUGAUAAUGAUGAAGCUGGUGAAUGGGAAGAAGAUGUUGGUGAUAAUGAUGAGGCUGAUGAAUGUUUUGAAGAUGUUGGUGAUAAUGAGUCUGUUGAAGAUGAAAAUCAAGAUGGGGAGGAGGAAAAUGGGGAGGAGGAAAAUGGGGAGGAGGAUGCUGAUAACACUAUUGUUGGUGAAACGGAUCAGAAUGGUGGGGAUUACAGUCUUUAUGGAAAGGUUCUAGAUGAGGACGAGGAAGAUGAUGAUAAUAUUUGUUUUGAAGAAAUUGAAAAGACAUAUGCUAAGACAAAUGCUAUUGAAGGAGGAAAAUCGGAUUGUACCAGCAUCUAUGUCAACCAGAGUUUUGUUAGCAAGGAUGCACUGCUUUCAGAGCUGCGGUUGACAGCAGUGAGGGGUAGGUUUUCUUUCAGAAUAUACAAAUCAACAAAAACUCUCCUUGUGGCAAUAUGUCGGGUUAGCGGUUGUGGAUGGAAGAUCAGAGCGAGUGUGAAACAUGGGUCAAACACGUUUUGGGUAACAAAGUAUGUGGAAAAACAUUUAUGCUCAAUUGGAGACCGAAUCGCUCAGCGGAGACACUGUACUCCAAAGUAUGUUGGUAGUCUUUUCAUUGAUCGUGUUGGGAUCAUUGAUGGGAUAACUCCACAGCAUAUCACUGAUGCAAUGAAGAACAUGUUUGGCAUGACGCUUGAUUACACCACUUCAUACAGAGCACUGUUAUAUGCACAGAAAUUGGUGAGAGGAUCAGCAGAAGAAGGGUAUUCGCGUCUGCCUUCAUAUCUCGAGCAAAUCUCCAUUGCAAAUCCUGAUUCUAUCACGGCUAUAGAACUUGAUUCUGAGAAAAGAUUUAAGUAUCUAUUUCUCUCUUUUGGAGCUUCUAUCAAAGGUUUUAAGUAUCAGAGAAGGGUCAUUGUGGUGGAUGGAACUCACCUAAGUGGAAAGUAUGGAGGUGUUAUGUUAGUUGCAGCCGCACAAGAUGGCAAUUUUCAGAUAUUCCCAUUGGCUUUUGGGAUCGUGGAUGCUGAAGAUGAACCUUCUUGGGAAUGGUUUUUCACAAAAUUGGCUAGUUGUAUAUCUCAUGACAAGCCUCUGGUGAUAGUCUCUGACCGGCACGCGGCCAUUAAAAGUGCGUGUGAGAAGGUGUUUCCUUGGGCAACCCGAGGAAUAUGUUAUUAUCACCUUCAAGAUAACAUUGUCAAAAAGUUUAAAGGGAAACAUCUCAUGUACUUGGUGAAAGGGGCUGCUUAUGCGCACACGGUUCACGAUUUUAACCGGUACAUGGCUGAGAUACGGAGUGCAAACCCGGAACUUGCAACGUAUUUGGAGAAGGCCGACGCCAAGCUAUGGUCAAGGGUUUAUUGUAAGGGGAACAGGUUCAACAUAAAAACAAGCAACAUCGCUGAAUCUAUUAAUUCCGCACUGAAGCGAGCAAGAGGAUUUCCGAUUCCGUUCCUGCUGGAGUUCAUAAGGCAGAAGUUAGGAAAAUGGUAUUGGAAAAGGAGACAAGAUGCUUUGAGUCUCCCAACUGUACAUAGCCGGGGUGUUGAAUACUUGCUUGCUGUUCGAUCAGAGAUAGCGGAUACGAUGACGGUCGAACCAAUUGAUGGAUGGCGUUUCUUUGUCAAAGGUGGCAAAAUGGACUGUGCGGUUGAUUUGGAACAUGUAAAGUGUGGUUGUGGUGUCUAUGGAGUGGAGAAAAUACCUUGCUCUCAUGCUAUAGCAGCUGGAACACAUGCUGGUGUGCAUAUCGACACACUUGUAUGUCCACUUUACUCAAAGAAUCAUCUGUAUGCAGGAUACUCAGAGAAUAUAUAUCCUAUCGUGUCACAACAUAUUGAGGAACGAGAAUGCUUUCCUCCAAACGUAAAGCGUGGUCCGGGGAGACAGAAGAAAUCAAGAUGGCAAUCUUGGUUGGAGCUAUCUAGGAUGAGGGGACACAAACCCAGGAAGAAACACAGGGCACGGAGAUGCUCAAACUGCAAGGAAACUGGCCAUACGAAACCACAAUGUACACAACCAGUUGACUAGUUGUCCAGACGACCUAAAUAUAAGUCGUCCAGUCUUGAUUACCCGUCCAGACGACUAAUUUCUAAGUCGUCCAGUGUUUCGUCUACCUUCUACGAAGUCGUCCAGUGUAUUAGACUACCUUCUACUAUCCCUUCAAGUGUAUUUUUUUAGACGACCUUUUACGAAGUCGUCCAGUGUAUUUAAGUCGUCCAGUGUAUUUAAGUCGUCCAGUGUUUAGACUACCUUCUACUAUCCCUUCAAGUGUAUUUUUGUAAGUCGUCCAGCUGGAAAACCUUCCAGACGACUUAUUUGUAAGUCGUCCAGCUGGAAAACCUUCCAGACGACUUAUUUGUAAGUCGUCCAGCUGGAAAACCUUCCAGACGACUUAUUUGUAAGUCGUCCAGCUGGAAAACCUUCCAGACGACUUAUUUGUAAGUCGUCCAGCUGGAAAACCUUCCAGACGACUUAUUUGUAAGUCGUCCAGCUGGAAAACCUUCCAGACGACUUAUUUGUAAGUUAGAAAAUCUAUACAAGUUAGAAAAUCAAAUAAAUCAUACAUGCCCACAAACAUACAAAUAGAUUUGUGUAAACAAAUAGUUCAAAUAUACAAAUAGAUUUGUGUAUACAAAUAGUUCAAAUAUACAAAUUGAUUUGUGUAUCUAUACAAGUUAAAAAAUCUAUACAAGUUAAAAAAUCUAUACAAGUUAAAAAAUCUAUACAAAUUGAUUUGUGUAUCUAAUCAUACAUGCCUACAAACAUACCACCAUCCUCAUUAUCUUUCAGAUGCUGAUCAACAAGCUCCGUCCAUAUAGCCAAAGCCAUAGUAUCCCUCAUAGUCUUCGCAUUGGACCUAGCAAAGUCUUUAGGGCUAAAGGGGACCCCAAGAGCAUGACAUUCAAUGUACUUUGCAGCGUACACGCCACAAUCACCAUUGUUGGCCGUGGGUACAUCUUUGAGGAGUCUCUCAUAAGUGUAUCGCUCCAACCCAUGCAUCUGGUCUCCGCACUCCACAAUCAGAUAAGGGACCAUCUCGAGAAAAGGCUCCAUUAUCUCAUCCCAUCUUUCUGGUAUGGUAGUUGAAGGUAUGCUGUCCCAGACGACUAUGUGCCUCUUAGGGAUCGAUAUCCAAAUAGCCACCCAAUGUUUGUUGUCCAAGUUCAGUGGCGCAUAGAUAUCAUCAAUGUCCUCCCCCCACUUCUUGUUUGAUUGGCAAAAUGAAGGCAUUGAUCCGUCAUACAAACUCGCCGCCCCACUAGGUAGCAUUUUUCCUAAACCAUUGUGAUCAGACGACGAUGUUUGAAGACCAGAUACUGUUCUCUCCAAGACUGGGUAAAGUUGUGAUCCAGGAAGCACAUUCGCUCGCUCCGGAAACAUUGUGGGUUCUCCUUAUACCUCUGCCUCAGCACAUUCAUCCAAGCAUCUAUAUGCUGCAUAUAAAAUAAUACAAGUUAGAAC